AUGCAAAGAAAACAUUUUGUGCUCCUCUCAGUUGCAUAUUAACCAGCAGACAAGUUUUCUGUUUAGUUUCAACCGCAACAAAAAAAAACCCCAAUAAACGCUAAAGUAAAAUACAUCUCAAUCGAGCUGAAAGCAAUUUUUUCAAAAAAAUGUCAAAAUAUUCCAACUGUGUCGGUCAAAAAUCAAUUUACUACAGCACAGUAUACAACGGACCUGCUGUUUUGGAUAUAAAAUGCUCUAAAAACAAUGUUCAGGAGCAACGAUAUAUCCCAUUAAAUCCCUAUGGUCUAAUGGCAACUCCAAAUGUUCGGACCAUAAAAAAACGAAAUACAGCGAAUAAAAAAGAGCGAAGACGAACACAAAGUAUAAACAAUGCUUUUUCAUACCUUCGUGAAAAAAUUCCAAAUGUUCCAUCAGAUACGAAAUUAUCAAAGAUUAAAACAUUAAAAUUGGCAAUUUUGUACAUAAACUACUUAGAGGAUGUUCUGGAUGGAAAUCAGGAGGAAAAAGGCGUAUUUCUGGCAGAGCUUAAUCCGGCACAUCGCACAAUAUGUAGCGAUCAGAAUAAGUGUCUGAAGAGUGAUUUUCAAAAUGUUCGAGUACCCACUAAUGGACGAACAGGUUGGCCACAGGAUGUUUGGGCAUCUGAACUUAAUCCCGAUCAAAACUAAACUUGACUAUACUAAAUUAAAGAAAAAUAAUAAAAAGCA